UUGCGGUUCACUCUCCUGGAGUCUGUUUGCUGUGUCUGAAACUACAACACGUUUCCUGCAGUGAUGUCACAGAGACCAGCUCCUUCUCUUCUUCUGCUGUUUCUGCUCAUGAUUCCAGGGGUUUCUAGUGCUGGUUGGGGUGUGAGUUACAGUCCUUCACACAUCUGUGCACUAAAGAACUCAUCAGUGAUAAUGAGCUGCACUUAUACAUACCCUACUGGAUACUGGAUCAGGAAAGUGUUCUGGACCAAAGUCUUUAUAAGGCGUGUAGAGCCUCCAGAUCUGUCUGAGGACCCUGAAUACAGUCAGAGGCUUCAGUAUCUGGGAGAUGAACAGCAGAACUGCACCAUCAGACUGAGUCAUGUGACACUGAAGGAUUCACACAUGUACUAUUUCAGAUUCACCACUGAUAAAGAUGGUAAAUGGACUGGUUAUCCAGGAGUGACUCUUACUGUCACAGAUCUUCAGGUGGAGUCUCCUGAGAGAGUGACAGAGGGAGAUUCAGUCCGUCUGACAUGUAAAAGCAGCUGCACUCUGACUGACAGAGCAACAUUCAUCUGGUACAGAAACUCACAGCUAGUAACUACAGGAAUUAUUGGAAACCAGCUCAACCUUAGACAAGUCAGCAGAGAAGAUACAGGCAGAUAUAGCUGUGGUGUAGAUGGACACAGUUACAGAUCUCCUGCUGUUCAACUCAAUAUCAGAUAUCCUCCAGUGAAUCCUGUGAUCUCCAUCAGUCCAUCUGGUGAAAUAAAGGAGGGAGAUUCAGUGACUCUGAACUGCAGCAGUGAUUCAAACCCUCCUGCAGAAAUCAGCUGGUUUAAAGGAGGAAUGUUUGUAGGAUCUGGAAGAAUCUACAGCAUCUCAAAGAUCAGCUCUGAUGACAGUGGAGAAUACAAGUGCAAGUCCAUCAAUGAACAAGGAGAGAAAUACUCUGCUGUGACUUUAAACGUCAUGUAUCCUCCCAGGAACAUCUCAGUGUUGAUAAAUGGAUCUAGUGAAAUAGUGUCAGGAGAUUCAGUGACUCUGAUCUGCAGCAGUGAUUCAAACCCUCCUGCUCUGAACUUCAGCUGGUUUAAAGGAAGAAGGUUUGUAGGAUCUGGAAGAAUCUACAGCAUCUCAAAGAUCAGCUCUGAUGACAGUGGAGAAUACAAGUGCAAGUCCAUCAAUGAACAUGGAGAGAAAUACUCUGAUGCUGUGACUUUAAACAUCAUGUAUCCUCCCAGGAGUGUCUCAGUCUCCAUCAUUCAGUCUGGUCAGAUUUUGGAGGGAGAUUCAGUGACUCUGAUCUGCAGCAGUGAUUCAAAACCUCCUGCAGAAAUCAGCUGGUUUAAAGGAGGAACGUUUGUAGGAUCUGGAAGAAUCUACAACAUCUCAAAGAUCAGCUCUGAUGACAGUGGAGAAUACAAGUGCAGAUCCAUUAAUGAACAUGGAGAGAAAUACUCUGAUAAUUUGACUUUAAAUGUCAUGUAUCCUCCCAGGAAUGUCUCAGUCUCCAUCAUUCAGUCUGGUCAGAUUUGGAUGGGAGAUUCAGUGACUCUGAUCUGCAGCUGUGAUUCAAACCCUCCUGCUCUGAACUUCAGCUGGUUUAAGGAGAAUGAAAGCUUAGCUGUUGGAUCUGGACAGAGUUUCAGUGCACUACAAAGUGGACGCUUCUACUGUCAGGCUCACAAUCAACAUGGAUCUCAGAGAUCAGACACUGUAACUGUCACAGUUCAUCAUGGUGAUGAUAGGAAUGUGAUUGUGAUCGCAGCGUCAUCUGGAGGAUUAUUCAUCAUCAUCACCAUCAUCAUCAUCAUCAUCAUAUUUAUAAUUCAGAAGAAAAGGAAAAACAGAAGAUCUUUAAUACACGAGUAUGAGAAUGAUUCUCCCAGGACAGGAACAUAUGCAGCUCUUGACCCGAAGUUAAGAUCUUCUGAUGUGUACAACACACUCACAUCAGUAUGUCUUUCACAUAGACUGUCCAUCCCAGACCUGCUGAUCACCAGUCGGGCUCUUUUCAAUAUGAGAAUCUCCAUAUUUAAGCAGCAUCCAGUUGCAACAUAUGGGCAAGAUAGUGGGAUAGUCCUUCGUGACUAAUUCGCUGUUGGUCAUCAUCAAAAGAACUACUGCUGAACUUAGCUUACAUUAGAUUAUAUUUGAUGGAAACACGAUACAGCAGAAAUUGAUGCAAUACGGUCAACAGAAAGUAGGUCCCUGCUACUCGCUAUUUCUACAAACAAUCCGCCAAGGUGCAUUCUGAUUGACAUGGUCCCUACAGAGUGUUCACUGCUCCCUGAGCACUGAAUAUCCGUCAUCAAAAGCCCGGGACAAACUAACCCAACGGUCAGCUGGCUGUUCAGGUUGUUGCAGUCAUUGAGAGGCGACAACACAGUCAGCUUUCAUCGCCACUAGUUUUUUGACAUUGGCUUGGUGUGUCCCAGGCUAAAGAAAAGCAACAGGGUCACACAGAUUAUAAUAUAACACAAAUAUUGUAAUUUACUUUUCUUAAAAAUGUAAAAUAUACAAAUACAUAUACACACAUGAAUCUAAUAAAUAUAAUCAAAACUUAAA